AGUAUGUCAUUGAGCCUUAAAGAAAUAAGGCUUUAAAUAGCAAGGCUGGUUCAUCAGAUACCACAGAACAGAUCUGACAGAUACUGAGAUACACUGUUUCUCAGCUACAACACUGAUGGUUUACCUACUUCACAUUUCAGUGAGUUCAUCCACAACUCAUCAGUAAUGGAGCAGUGUCUUUUCGUACUCCUGUUUUUCACAGGAUUCAUCUCUCUGGUCCUGUCUGUCCCUCAUGAGUACACCCUGAUCCUGCAGGGAAAAAUCUGGAGUGAUGCUCAGACUUACUGCAGAGCAACACAUACUGACCUGGCUAUCAUCAAAAGUAAUGAGGACCUGGUCCAACUUCAGAAUGAAGCACAGAGACAACAAUUCAGUUCCAGUGCUUGGAUUGGACUUUACAAUGACAUCAACAGCUGGCGCUGGUCCAUGGAAAAUGAGCCACUGGGAACUACAAGAUGGGAACCAGGUGAACCAAACAACUUUUUAGGACGUCAAGAGUGUGGUGCGAUGUCUUUCUUGGGUUGGAAAGAUCUGAACUGUACUCAACCUCUCCCCUCUAUCUGUUUUGAUGACAGGAAUACUGGAAAUCAGAGGUACAUUUCCAUUCCUACUUUAAUGACAUGGCCUGUAGCUCAGGCUUACUGUAGACUGCAUCACACAGACUUGGCCAGCUCCAGAGAUGCAACUGAAGACUCAGUUAUAGCAGGACUGGCCUCUGGCUUCACUUGGAUUGGUCUAUUCAGAGACUCCUGGAAGUGGACAGAUAAAACUAAUUUCUCUACUCUUAGCUGGAUGAUUGGAAAACCUGAUAAUGCCCUGAAGCAUGAAAACUGUGGUUAUAUAAAUAACGGUCAAGCUGUUGAUGCAAUGUGCUCAGACAUAAUGCCUUUCUUCUGUUAUACCAAAGUAAUCACAGGACAACAACAAAUUUUUAAAGUGAAAGUCCAGUCCAAGGAGCCUGUGAAUGAUCCUGCACUGAAGAUGGCCAUCUUGGAGCAGAUCAACCAGAAACUGAAGGAUCCUUUGAGGACAGAGAAGAUCUCAGUGAAAUGGUGCAAACAACCAGAUGGAGUUGUGUUUCACAAGGUGAAAAAAGAAAAAAAUACUACAGUAGACAAUGAAAAGUGUGACCUCUAAAUCUAUGUUACUUCUAAGUUAAUCUUAAGUCAUCCUUGAAUUCAUGUCAGUUUUGGAGUUUAGAUGUUAUACAUAUAUUAGCAUAAUAAAUAUAGUCGAUAAUGAAUGAAUGUUUAAUUUCUCCUUUUAACAUACAUAUACAGUAAUGACUGUACCUCUGUACACUAUAAUAAGGGAUGUUAGCUUUAGGGGAAACAGAUUCAAAACUAGUACUGACAAAAAUGCAGCAAGUCUUUGGAAAACAUCUUAGCUGUUAGCAGUUCUUUUUACAUACAUAUAUGUGUAUGUAAAAUAUAUAUUUUGUCACUAUUUUAUUAGUAGAGUUGUAUGAUACUUUGUCACUGCACUUAUUAAUCUAUUUGUUUAAUACUGAUAUUUAUCACUUUAUUUACUUAUAAAAUAUACAUGAACUACAUUAAUUCCUCACUCUAUGUCCUUGUGUUAUAAAAAAAAGUUUUGUUUAAUUGUUUUUCUGUCUUCUGUACAAGCUAAGUGAUUCAUCUGGAGGUAAAUCAUACUGAUGGCCUUUGUUGUGUUGAUGUGUCUAGUUUAGCAGAUUCAGGAAUGAGCAGCAUAUGAUAAUAGUGUGUGACACUAAAAUAUAUGAAUAAACUAAUUAUUAUUAUUAUUAUUAUUAUUAUUAUUAUUAUUAUUAAUUGUUAUUAUUAGAUAAUAGAUAGAUCAGGGCAGGGUAAGGAACUGAGAGCAACUUGUCCAGCAACUAUAGCUUGAACUUUUGAACUCAUGCAACUUCUGUUAAGAGUGUAUGCAUAAAAGCAGUGUGAGAGAAAAGAGAAGCACCUCUGUCUCACAGAUGCACUGUGUGUGUAUGUGUGUGUGUGUGUGUGUGUGUGUAUGUGUGUGUGUGUGUGACUGAGAUGUCCUGUGCAGUCUUUUUUAUUA